CUCAGCUGGGACAUUUAAACGGCACGGCACGGAGCGGCGCGGCGCGGCGGGGGAGCGGCCCGGCCGGAAACAAAGUGACAAGAGAUAUGUCCUUGUUGUUGAAACAUCUAAACAAUUCAGUAAGGAUGCAGUUAUUUUUGGAGAGACUGACUUGGACAUGAUCAAAUUUUACUUCUGAUACAUCUAAUUUGAUACAUCUAGUACGUCCAUCGGUUGCUGCCCUAAUUUGCCAAGAUUUGUCCAAGGCAAGGAAGAGAGGAUUAAAGGAAUCAUUCAGAAUUGGAAUGUAAUCAUUUGGCCCAAGCCUCUAUUUUGGAUGGAUUAUAGCCAGAUAUGGUCUGCAGACCAUAGUUUGAUCACUCCUGGAUUACUGAUAGUAAUUUUAAUAUAGUGUAGUUUCUGAUAUGGUAAUACUACAGUAAAAUCUGAACUAUUCAUCACCGUGGAAUUUUUUAAAGAUCAAGAAAUCCUCGUUCAAUAAACUUUUCCACAUCUUUGCUAAUGUAAUCAAUUCUUUGAUCCUUUGUUUUGAGACAAUAACCCUUCCCCCUCCCCGCCCACCUCCCCGUGUUUAUUUACAACACGUUAAAGUCUGGGCAUAUUACUGGAACAUGGAUCAGCUGGGAUAUGUGAAAGGUGCUUCUAUCCAACUUAGCAAAGAUGGAUUAAGCAAGCCUGCUCUGCCCCAGAAGAAUGCUUAUGCCAGGCUUGUGCAAAAGCACCAUAGCGGUCGAUUCCGAUCUUAUUUAAAUCAUAUUGCACAGAAGAUACAGCUAGAAGAGAGCAGCCUCAACGACCCCAAUUCGGAUGUAGAACCCUCUCUGAAGAGAGGCAUGAUGAGAGACGCUCUGGCAAGAAAUGGCUUGACUGCACUUAGCUAUUCACCAAUCAAAACAUCUCAGUUGGAACAGCCUGCACUUGUAGGAUUUGAGAAACUGAAUGAAGAGAAAAGCCAAGUCUUUGCUAACAGAUGGCCUCAUGAAAGAGAUCCCAGCAUUGGUCGAGAAGGAAACCUUCAAGUAGAGGAAGAUUAUUCUGUAAAACAGCAUGGACCUGCAACUGACUUGUUAAAAGUGAAUGAUGCCUUGGGUGGGAGGGUAACACAAGGCACUUCUCUGCAGAAAUCUGGGUCUGAAGAAAAGGACGAAGAGGAAGUGUGGAAGAACAAACAUAAGAAAAGGAACAAGUGUCCUGCCAACCUGGACAGAGCAGAUGAAUACUUGACUGAUGAGCAGUUUAGUAUGGAUUUGCCUGCAGCAAAUGCCAGGAAAACCAGUCACUUGUCUUCUGGUCAAAUUCAAGGUGGAGACAAGAGAAGCUUUGCAAGAACCAGAAACAACUCAGAAUCAACCAGAGCUCCCCAGAAUUUUGAUAGGAAGAGGCAGCUCUCCGAAGCACAGGCAGAAACAAUGAACAAUUCAGACUGCAGAAUAAACCCUAGAAAACUGGGAACUCCCAGAGGAGAGUCCCAUGCAGCAGUCUCCACAUCAGGCGAUAGAAAGAAUCGGAAUAAACCCACAAGAGGGAGGAAGAAGAACGUAUUUGAAGCCUACAUGUCAAUGGAAGAUGUUGCAGCAGGAUUGAAAAGGGGAGAGCUUAUUCAGGGACCUUUGAGAAUAAAUCCUAAGAAAUACCAUGAAGCCUUCAUUCCAUCUCCAGAUGGGAUUCGUGAUAUCUUUAUUGAUGGGGUGGUUGCUCGCAACAGAGCCCUAAAUGGUGACAUUGUGGUGGUGAAACUGCUUCCCAAGGAGCAAUGGAAGCCCCAUGGCGCCUCGGGCUGCUUCGCCCUGCCCCCGCUGCAGCCGCCCUGCGGCAUUUGCAGGCGGUUCCAUGCGCCCCGCGGGGCGGACCCCAGCCCAAGUGUCCCGUGCUCCACGUGUCGGAGCCUGCCAGAUGGCCCGCCCAGGCCCGGUGGCAUGAACCACAGCGGCCCCAGGGCACCCCCCGUGCAGGACGCGCUGCUGCUGCUGGACCCCAAUCUCGGGGCCAGCUUUGGCCACCUGCUGCGGCUCUUCCACCUGGACUUCGGCAUCAGCUUGGGGGCCGGGACAGCGUCUACCUGGGCAAAUCUGUCUCAGUUGGAACAGCUGAUGAAUGUGAAAGACUUUGUUGAGAAAUGGGAAUCUGAAGUGAAGGACGCAGAGAGUGGUUGUGCACAAGGUGCGAAGCAAGAAGAUGUUUCCAAGGUGAACAAUCCAAGGCUUCUUCAGGAGAAGUUUCUUCAAAGGACAGCAAAGGUGGUCUGUAUCUUGGAGAGGAAGCAUUCCAGAGCAGCUACAGGCUUCAUCAAACUGCUGGCAGACAAAAGCAGUGAACUCUUCAAGAAGUGCGCCAUGUUCUCACCUGUGGACCACCGAGUGCCUAGAGCCUAUGUGUCUUUGGCAGACUGCCCUCCGGACUUCAUGAGCCGGCCUGAGGACUACUCCAGUACGCUCUUCAUCUGUCGGAUUGUGGAUUGGAGGGAAGACAGCAACUUUGCAAUAGGACAAAUGGCCAAAAGUCUUGGGCAGGCUGGUGAAAUUGAGCCUGAAACAGAAGGGAUCCUGACGGAGUACGGUGUGGAUUUCUCUGACUUCUCCCGAGACGUUCUGGAAUGCCUUCCCCAGAGCCUGCCCUGGGUCAUCCCACCCGCAGAGUUGGCCAACAGGAGAGAUUUAAGGAAAGAAUGCAUCUUCACCAUUGAUCCGUCAACUGCCAGGGACCUUGAUGAUGCCUUGUCCUGCAAACAACUUCCUGAUGGAAACGUUGAAGUGGGUGUUCAUAUCGCAGAUGUGAGUUACUUUGUUCUGGAAGGAACAGCGCUGGAUCAAGUGGCCAGUGGAAGGGCAACUAGUGUGUAUCUAGUGCAGAAGGUGAUCCCUAUGCUUCCCAGGCUGCUUUGCGAGGAGUUGUGCAGUCUCAAUCCUAUGAAAGACAGACUGACGUUUUCUGUAAUGUGGAAAAUGACUCCAGAAGGCAAGAUCCUCGAUGAAUGGUUCGGGCGAACCGUUAUCUGUUCCUGCGUGAAGCUGAGCUAUGACCAUGCACAGAGUAUGAUUGAAAACCCCAGCAAGGUUUUUGGGCCAGAAGAACUGCCUCCAGUCUCUCCCCAGCACACAGUCGACGAAAUUCACCAAGCUGUCCUGAACCUCCACCAAAUCGCCAAGCAUCUGCGCAAACAGCGCUUCAUUGAUGGUGCUCUUCGUUUAGACCAGCUAAAGCUCUCGUUUACAUUGGACAAGGAAAGCGGGAUGCCUCAAGGCUGUUAUAUCUAUCAGUAUCGGGACAGCAACAAGCUGGUGGAAGAAUUUAUGCUGCUGGCGAACAUGGCCGUCGCCCAUCAGAUCUACCGCUCCUUCCCCCAACAGGCCUUGCUGCGCCGUCACCCCCCACCCCAGACCAAGAUGCUGAACGACCUCAUGGAGUUCUGCGACCAGAUGGGACUGGAGAUAGAUUUCAGCAGCGCAGGGGCCCUGCACAAAAGUCUGAAUGAAACGUUUGGUGCAGACAGCUAUGCAGAGGCCAGGAAAGAAGUGCUGACCAACAUGUUCUCCAGGCCAAUGCAGAUGGCUCUUUACUUCUGCGCUGGCGUCCUGGAAGACGAGACCCUCUUCCGCCACUACGCCCUGAAUGUGCCGCUCUACACCCACUUCACCUCGCCCAUCCGCCGCUUUGCUGACAUCCUCGUGCACCGGCUCCUCUCCGCCUCCCUGGGCUCGGGGCGCCCGGUCCAGAUGAGAAAGGAGGCCAUCCAGAAGCAAGCGGAUCACUGCAAUGACCGGAAAAUGGCUUCCAAGAGGGUGCAGGAGCUCAGCGCUGACCUGUUCUUCGCCAUCUUCGUCAGGGAGUGCGGCCCACUGGAGUCAGAGGCAAUGGUGAUGGGCGUCCUGAACAAGGCCUUCGACGUCCUGGUGCUGAGAUUCGGAGUUCAGAAACGCAUCUACUGUAACGCUCUGCCGCUGACCGGAGUCCGCUUUGAGAAGGUGGGGAAGAAGCCUGAACUAACUCUUCUGUGGGAGCCGGAGACCCCAGAGCAGGAAGCUGCCCCUCAGGUGAUCACCAUCUUCACCUUGGUGGAGGUCGUCCUGACGUCCGACAGCGGCCCCCUGAAGUACAGCGCGGUGCUCAAGAGACCGGGCCGGGAGAAGUGAGCGCCGCGGGCUCCGUCGCCUGCCGCCCCGCCAUGCCGCCAGACUCCUCUGAUCCCGCCAGGCCUUACUCUGCCCUCCCCUAGCUCCGCGGGGGUGGGGGAGGGAACUUUUUAAAUUAAUUCAGUUUUACUUCCGGUUUGGAUUUUAACCUGGGCGGCGGGGGGAGCUCGGGGCUUUCCUGGCUGAGAUCGUUGAAGCUGCAGGAACAUUAACGCUGUUUCUAAAAUAGUUUUUAGCCCUUUUUUUUUUUUUUUUUUAAUGCUGCUGACUGCCCCUCCCCCGCCACCCGAGCCAGCCUCUUGGAGGGGUUGCUGCUGUCCCUGGUGCUUUGGGCCAUUCUGGACGUGGGAGAACCAGGGGGCCACCGACCGGUUUCUUGCUGAAUUCUGCAUCCCGUAAUAAAGCUCUGGCCAGCGA